GCGGAAGUGGCUGGCAACAAGCGGCUAGCGGCUAAAGGCUACCGGCUGAUGCUAGUCCAGAAUCAAAACAAGGAGUGGUUUUCUUUUAUUUCCCUUUCAUUAACCCACCUAAAUCGGUUCUUUUUUAUACGACAGCUGACCAGCCCACUGAUCAGCAAAAUGAGCAGCGGGGGAACAGUGGAGAGCAGUAAGCCUCCCAAGAUCGGCUCUAUCGUUGAGGUGACGGGGAAGGGCCAGCGGGGGACCGUAGCCUACAUUGGGGCCACGCUGUUUGCCACAGGGAAGUGGGUGGGAGUGAUCCUGGACGAGCCCAAAGGCAAGAAUGACGGAACAGUUCAGGGCAAGCGCUACUUUACCUGUGAGGAGAACCAUGGCAUCUUCGUCAGGCAGUCCCAGAUCCAAGUGGUUGAAGAUGGUUCCAGUGCCACGUCCCCAGACACCUCUGACUCAAGCUCCUCUAAGAUCCCCAGACAGAGGGCUGAAAAAGAUGUUCCAGAAACUCCCAGGACAAUCAAGCAGACCCCUGCAGGACUUAAGAAGCCCUCUACUACUACACCUACUACCUCUGCCCGUCGCUCUACAAAGCUGAGCACCUCCCGCCUGGCCCCAGCCUCCUCCCUGCCCUCCCUCCUGGUGCGCCCCACCGCCGGGAGAGCCAGCCUGUCGGCGUCCCGGGAGAGCCUGUCCUCCUCCCACUCGGAUAUCAGUGAGGCCGCACCGUCCGCCCCUGCACCUGCCGCACCUGCCACACCUGCCACCCCCGCCCCAGCCACCGCCGCUCCGGCCUCUGUACCAGCCACUCCCAGCAAGGAGGAGGAGAGCCUGCGUGCUCAGGUGAAGGACCUGGAGGAGAAGCUGGAGACUUUGAGGAUGAAGAGGAGCGAGGACAAGGCCAAACUCAAAGAGCUGGAGAAGCACAAAAUCCAACUGGAGCAGCUCCAGGAGUGGAAGAGCAAAAUGCAGGAGCAGCAGAGUGAGCUGCAGAGACAGCUCAAGGAGGCCAAGAGGGAAGCACGUGAGGCUCAGGAGGCAAAAGACCGCUACAUGGAGGAGAUGUCGGACACUGCAGACGCUAUAGAGAUGGCCACUCUGGACAAGGAGAUGGCUGAGGAGCGGGCCGAGUCUCUGCAAGUGGAGGUGGACACGCUCAAGGAGAAAGUGGAGGAACUGUCCAUGGACCUGGAGAUCCUGCGUCACGAGAUCUCAGAGAAAGGGUCAGAUGGAGCUGCGUCCAGUUACCACGUCAAACAGCUGGAGGAACAGAAUUCACGGCUGAAGGAGGCUCUGGUCAGGAUGCGAGACCUGUCUGCCUCAGAGAAGCAGGAGCACGUGAAGCUGCAGAAGCAGAUGGAGAAGAAGAAUAGUGAGCUGGAGACGUUCAGAGCCCAGAAGGACAAACUGAGCGAGGAGCUAAAGCAAGCUGAGGCCACCAUCGACGAGCUCAAAGAACAGGUGGAUGCAGCGCUGGGUUCAGAGGAGAUGGUGGAGACCCUGACUGAGAGGAACCUGGACCUGGAGGAGAAAGUGCGAGAGCUGAGGGAGACUGUCACAGACCUGGAAGCCAUCAACGAGAUGAACGACGAGCUGCAGGAGAACGCUCGUGAGACGGAGAUGGAGCUGAGGGAGCAGCUGGACUUGAACGUGUCCAAGGUGCGAGAGGCCGAUAAGAGGGUGGAGGCCGCCCAGGAGACUGUGGCCGACUACCAGCACACCAUCACCAAGUACAGGGAGCUGACCGCGCAGUUGCAGGAGGCUAACCGAGAGCUGGUCAGUCAGCAGAGCGCCAAUGCAGAGCAGGUGCAGCAGCCGCCCACAGAGCUCUUCGAUUUCAAGAUCAAGUUUGCAGAGACCAAGGCCUAUGCAAAGGCCAUAGAGAUGGAGCUGAGGAAGAUGGAGGUGUCUCAGCUGAACAGACAGGUAGUGCUUCUCACCUCCUUCAUGCCUGACUCGUUUGUGCGUCACGGAGGAGACCACGACUGCAUCCUGGUGCUGCUGCUCAUCCCCCGCCUCAUCUGUAAGGCGGAGCUGAUCAGUAAACAGGCUCAGGAGAAGUUUGAUCUGAAUGGGCCCCUAGUGCAGGGCCCGACGCUCAGGGGCCCUCCAGGAGAGCAGCGCAGCUUUGCCUCUGGUCUGGUGUACUCUCUGAGCUUGCUGCAGGCCACACUGCACCGUUACGAACAGGCCCUGGGCUCCUGCUCGGUGGAGGUGUUCAAGCGCAUGGGCACGCUCUACUCAGAGAUGAGCUUCCAUGAACGUUCUCUGGACUACUUCAUCGACCUGCUACACCGAGACCAGCUGGACGAGACCGUGCAGGUUGAGCCCCUCACUAAGGCCAUCAAGUACUACCAGCAACUGUACAGCGUGCACCUGUCUGAGCUGAGUGAGGACUGCACGGUGCAGCUGUCCGACCACAUAAAGUUCACAGGCAGCGCUCUGGACUGCAUGGCGGUGGAAGUGGCCCGUCUCAGGGCCUUCCUCUCCGGGGGACAGGAGAGCUCGGGGCUGGCUGUGCUGCUCAAAGAUCUGGACACAUCCUGCUCUGACAUCAGGCAGUUCUGUAAGAAGAUCCGCAGACGCAUGCCUGGAGCUGAUGUCCCGGGAGUCCCAGCGGCCCUCAGCUUUGGACCACAGGUGUCGGACACCCUGACGGAGUGCAGGCGUCAGCUGAGCCGGGUGCUGGCUGUGCUGCAGGAGGUGGCCGCAGCUGGAGCUCAGGUCAUGGCUCCUCUGGUAGAGAAUGAGGGUCUGAGCGCUGGUAAACUGGAAGACUUCCUCAUCAAGGCUGUGGAGCAGAUCUAUGGGUCUCAGGGUUUGAAUCCCAGUGAGUGUCUGCAGCAGUCCUGCACCUCCGUCAUCACCACCAUGAACAAGAUGGCCACCGCCAUGCAGGAGGGCGAGUACGACGCCGACCGGCCCGCUGCCAAGACUCCUCCGGUAGAGGUCCGUGCAGCCACAGUCCGAGCUGAGAUGACCGAUGCAGAGGGGCUGGGUGUUAAACUGGAGGACAGAGAGACCGUCAUCAAAGAGCUCAAGAAGUCCCUCAAGAUCAAGGGCGAGGAGCUGAGCGAGGCUAACGUUCGCCUGAGCCUCCUGGAAAAGAAGCUGGAUACUUCCACCAAAGACGCAGAUGAGAGAGUGGAAAAGAUCCAGACCAAACUGGAUGAGAACAUCGCUCUGCUGAAGAAAAAAGAGAAGGAGUUCGAGGAGACCAUGGACGCUCUGCAGGCUGACAUCGACCAGCUGGAGGCGGAGAAGACAGAGCUGAAGCAGAGGCUGAAUAACCAGUCCAAGAUGACCAUCGAGGGCCUGCGCGGAGGGCCCACAGCGGGCAUCGCCUCCAUCGUACAGGGCUCUGCUGCUGGCAUGUCUCCAGCUCUGUCCGGGCCCGUGCAGGUGGUGGACUCUCCUCUCCUCAGGCAGCAGGUGGAGGUUCAGAGACUCGGCAUCAAGCACCUCAAGAAUGAGAACAACAGACUCAAGGCAGAGAGGAUGCGGGCACAGCUGGCGUCUCUGCCCCCUCUGGUGCCCCCGAAGCUCCCAGUGAUGUCCAGAGAGCCCUCCACACCACCAGGGGGCCUCAGCACGGGCAUCUACCGGCGCACGGACCAGCUGCUGUCCACUUUGCUUAAGCUCAGUGCGGAGAUGAGGGUGGUGGACGUGACCGGCAAGACCUCUGUGAGUGCCAGUGCUCAGCUCCUGGAGCAGACGGCUCGACUGCAGAACCUUAGCGAUGCUCUGGACAAACUCAAGGGAGAGGUGUCAGAGCACGUUGUCUCCCAGAGACCUGGAGCCAAGGCAAACUCUGACUUUGCAACAUUCCCGCGCUCCUCAUUCGUCAAGGCUAAAGAGGAGGGACAGGAGGGCACGGUGCUGGUGGGCCGGGUGCAAAUCCCCUGCUCCAGAGGUCAAGAGCAGGUGCACAGGGUGGUCCUGAACCAGGGACAGCUACGACAGGUGCACCACCUGCUCAGCACCUGAACACUACAGCAGCAAUAACUAUUUAACAUAGAAUAUAGACCAAUGCCAAUGAAGUGUAGAGUGUGUAGCACUUGCAAUGUUUGUCAGUCUAUUCUACACAGUGUCAUGUAUGAGACCAGAUCUUUUGCAGAUGAUUCCACUUUGUAUUAGAUUAAAAAUAAAGCUUGAAUAUAUAUAUAUAA